AUGGAGCCGUUGUCCCGGGAAGAACUGGAACGUUUCCAGAAAUUGUCAAAUGAUUAUGAACCCGAAGUACAGGGCGCACUAGUAUCACCGAAACAGUCCAGUCAAAUCAUCUCCGCCGAGUACUCGAAUGCAGACCCAGCCUUUGUGACCAAGACCAAUGCCCUCGCCGUGACGCAUCCGUUUACGCGAACUAUGAAAGGAGAUGGGAACUGUGGCUGGCGGGCGGUUGCUUUCGGAUAUUUUGAGAACCUCUUCUUCCUACGCGACACGAUCAAAGUCCAGUCGGAGCUUUCGCGGAUAAAGUCUAUGAACGCUCUGCUCGAUCAAGUUGGUCAUCAAGAAUAUCUAUAUGAGACGUUUGUUGACGCCACGGAAGAGACAUUUGGCCAUGUGAUUGAUGCGAUACAAAAAGGCGUUCCAGAUGAAAGUUUUCUAGUGGACAUUUUUAAUGACUUUAGUCAAUCAAUGUCUAUAAUCACCCAUUUCAGACUUCUUACUGGUGCAUGGAUGAAACUGAACCAGCCGCGUUAUCAAGCAUUUUUAUCUAUGCCCGUUGAUCAAUAUUGCGUGACACGUAUCGAGCCCGCCAAAACUGAGAUCGAUGAAGUUGGACUUCAAGCGUUGGUGGACAGUGUUAUUGAGGGAUCCGAUAUUGCCGUUGAGAUUCUUUAUCUCGACCGAAGCCAGGGUGAUGCAGUCACUCCCCACCUUCUAACGCCGAACCGACAGAACUUGGCUACUAUCAGACUUUUAUACCGCCCUGGCCAUUAUGAUAUUCUGUACUCAGCGGAACCUACUGUUCACAUGUCGCCAAUAGUCAACUUGCAGUAUGGAAUGUCCACGGAUUUCGCUCUCUGGGAUAGCGGCGCUCUCGCAUUUGAUGCCAAUCCACAUUUGAUGGCAAUACCCGGCCUCAUGAUGGACCCAUCAGCAUUUCCUUCGGUAUCCAGUUCAAUGAUGGCUUCUCCUCAGCCGCCCCAGUUCUUCCCAUCUCCUCCACAACAUGAUUUUUAUUCACCAUCCAUCAGCCCUCCGGUACCGUCUACCGUCUCCUCUCCUGUUCCUCCGAGCCUCCCGCUUAGUCUACCUACGACGAAAUCAUCAGAUGGCCCGCAAAUCCGGCUCAAUCCGUUGGUGAUGAAACCAAAUCUGAGCCAUUCACUUCCGGUGACUACUCCAUUCAAAAACUCGCCGUACAAUCAAGCUCAUUUCCUCAAUUCGGAUUUCGAGCCUAUCCACUGGGAACCGAAUGAGGGACGGAAAUAG